GUAAUUUAAAUGCAGCAGCAGCGCUGCCCUUUUUGUCUGUCUUUUACAAGUUUUGUGUAAAAAUUUCUUUGCUUUGCGUCGCAUUUCGUUCGUUGUUAGUGUUUUUGCUGUAAUAAAUAAAUGAAAUUAUUGUGCUUGUCCGAACAGGAUCAAUUGCAAAAGCAUUAAAACAAUAACAAAAUUCUUAAGGAUGUUUUACACAAAAUAUGUAAUCCACAUGGACAGGUCUUGCGUAUUGUAAUUUUCAAAAAGAACGGUGUCCAAGCUAUGGUGGAAUUUGAUUGUUUAGAAUCGGCCACAAGAGCUAGAGAGAAUUUAAAUGGUGCUGAUAUAUAUUCAGGUUGCUGCACAUUGAAAAUUGAUUAUGCUAAGCCAGAGAAAUUGAAUGUUUAUAAAAAUGAACCAGAAACCAGCUGGGAUUAUACUUUGACUACAGUAAAAGAAAUUAGUAACGGACGUUCACCUUUGCUACAGGAGCCACUAUAUGGAAAUCGUCAUCAGCAAUACAUUGGCUUAAUCUCAAAUCCAACAAAUUUUUUUAAAGAACAACCACUAUUGGGACCCAGCGCUGCAUUCCCACCAUUUGCUGCUGCCGAAUUUCAUCCCACCACACCGGAGAAUUGGAAAGGCGCCAACAUCCAUCCAACUGGUCUAAUGAAAGAGCCAACUGUUGUACCCGGUCGCAAUGCGGCUGUAGCAGCAUUUACCGCACAAGGACAGACACAGGGUGCUGUCAUGAUGGUUUACGGUUUGGAUCAUGAUACAUCGAAUACAGAUAAACUUUUCAAUUUGGUUUGCUUAUACGGAAAUGUUGCAAGGAUUAAAUUUUUAAAAACCAAAGAAGGUACCGCCAUGGUCCAAAUGGGUGAUGCCGUCGCUGUUGAACGUUGCGUCCAACAUUUGAAUAACAUUCCGAUUGGCACAAGUGGCAGAAUUCAAAUUGCUUUCUCGAAACAAAAUUUCUUAUCUGAAGUUAUAAAUCCCUUCCUAUUGCCCGAUCAUACACCCAGUUUUAAAGAAUAUACUGGAUCUAAAAAUAAUCGUUUCCUAUCGCCGGCACAGGCAAGCAAAAAUCGUAUACAACCACCGAGCAAGAUUUUACAUUUCUUUAAUACACCACCUGGCCUCACCGAAGACCAAUUGAUUGGCAUUUUCAAUAUUAAAGAGGUUCCUGCCACAUCUGUGCGAUUAUUCCCCUUGAAAACAGAACGUUCCUCAUCGGGUCUAAUUGAAUUUCCAAAUAUUGCCCAGGCCGUUUUGGCCAUUAUGAAGUGCAAUCAUCUGCCAAUUGAGGGUAAAGGUACCAAAUUUCCAUUCAUUAUGAAACUAUGUUUCUCCUCGUCAAAGAGCAUGAAUGGAGCCUGGAAUAAUGCGGCAAAUGAGGGUAUGAUUGAAAAAGAAAAUGAGGCGGAUCUUAAGCAAGAUCCGUAUAAUUGAGAUAAUGUUAUAACCAUACAAUUAACAACAUAUUAAAUAAAUUAUAAAAAGAAAACAACAAUAACAACAAGUGAAAUUUAAACAAAAAUUUAAAGAAAAA